AUGGCUUCGGUGCGACUGUCGAUGAUCCUGCCCCCUUCGAGGCUGUUGAGCCUCUCCCAGGCCGGCCGACAGUAUCCAACAAACAUCCAGACGAUGCGCUACCAGAGCACAUCAACAACUCGGGCCCCUUUUGGGAAAGGGACCACUGAGGCAAAAUAUGGCGCAUCUGGAACAGCUGGCUGGACCCAAGGCGUUCAGAAUCCCCUGCGAAGCUCCUCUGGAGCACAGGAACGAGGAGAAUACGGAGACCGGGAUUCCGUUAUCUUGGCUCCGCUAAGACACUGGGAAACCCGUGAUAAGUACAAGUCAUUGCUUGGAGAGAUGGCCGUUGCGGCUCUUGCCAGAUUAUCGAGUAAGGAACAAUGGUCCGCCAGAGAAAGAAGGAUUUUUGCGUGGUUUCUGCACACUGCCCACUCCAAAUUGCCGGUGUUAUUGGGGCAUUCCAUGAAAGACACGGGUUAUCUUAGGAUCAAGAUAUCGGUACCCCUUGCCAUCAGCUUCCAGCUCCAAAACCGUCUAAGAACGACACAUGUUGUUCCGCAUGUUGGGACACCGUCUGUACUACGUUGCAACUUAUUGAAGCUGCAGUUGUUAACUGUAGGAUUAAAGGACAGCAUUAAAGAAAAGGUGCAUCUCAUUAGGAGCAGCGACAACAUCCUGCCAAACUCGGAGAUAUACAAUGCCUGUAACAAGACUAGAGAUGACACCAUUCCACAUGUAGGAGAGAAACAAAGGAAAGGUGCCAUCCGGAUACCGGCAUCGGAAUCCGAGAGGCGGCAGGUUUGGCCGACGUGCUUGUAUCGGCCCCAAGGAUGGGUGCUUGGGCCAAGUGAGGAAUGCCUGGAAAAGGUUCAGGGUGUUCGGACAGAGGUCGGACAUGGUGGGGGUUCAGGAGGGUGUCAUAUGGUCAAUGGAGCCCCGGUGCCAAGAAUCCCACGUGGCUUGUGUGGAAACCUUUCGGCCGGAUCCGAAAUUCCGCAACGUCAAUCGUCUCCACAACAACGAAGUCUGAUGGAGUCGAACAUGCUUCCAAAGUCCUACAUCCCCAACCUCUCUCACUGGGAUGAGGCUGAUUUGGCUGAGGGGUCAGACGACGAUGUCAUCCUCAUGGAGGCGAAAUUCAAGGAGAGGCGGAGGCGCCGCCAGGCGCGGCGAGAGUACGAGGAGAUGCGAAGGCGGCUAGUGCGGGAGCGGGAGGAGGAAGCGGCGGAGCAUCAGACUACCGAGGAAGCACCGUUGUCAGCCGGUGAGGACCUGCCUGCCUGCUCACGAUGCAUCAGGCUAGACAGGGCUUGCGUGCGCGGUACCGGCAAGGGCGUCAUAUGCGCCUCGUGCCAGAAGGCCAAGGUCAAGUGCGACCGAGCGCCAGGGGCGCCGGAGGCCAAUAAACGGAUGCGGAUCAUCGCACCGAAGGGACAGGAGGGUAUGGAGGUGGAAGGAGGUUCGGAAGUGGGGAAUUGGGGCAGGGCGAUCCAUGAGGCGCUCCUGACGAUCAACGAGACAAUUGCCGAGCUCGCCCAGGCCACCCGGACUCAGAAUGCCUUAGUUGCCCAGCUGCUUGCAAAACAGGCCACUCGCUCGCACUAA